GUGGUCCGGAGGCCCCGCGAGCAAGGAGUAGCCGGCCCUUGUUUCACAUGUCAUUGGGAGGUGUCGGAUACCCCCCCCCCCCCAACCCCCGUCGUCACGUGAAAGGUAUGCAAAUUUCAACUGUUCUGGUCGCAGUCCCACCCACCCUCACCUCCCUUCACAUUUUCCUCUGCCCUCCCCCACUCCCAAGUCUAACGCUUAUAUUUACAUCGCUCAGAGACUCGGGAGAGCUUCCUAACAGUGGAGACUGUCCACCAUCCAUGUUCUGUGCCCUUUGACUUGGAGUUAUUUCUUGUGCUUCAGUGACAUGUCAACAGAGGCUCGAACCAGAACCUCACCCGUCAGAGAAUAGAUAAAGGAUUUUUGUGUGCUCUAUUUCAUUAUUUCUCAGUGACUAACCAACUGGCCGAGGAUUAUACAUCAAACAAGUUCAUUCUAUUUGUCAUGAGAUGAUAUUCGAUUCAAAACCAGGACACUGUGGAUAAUGUUAUGUCACGUGACUAAAAGAGUUCAUCUAAGUCAGUCGUCGUAAUAAACAGUCCUAGUUUUUGGAAUCACUGUCUAGAGAAGGGAGAUAACCAUGUCUCAUCACUCAGCCUGGAAAAAUUGCGUCUUUUUCUCACUGUGCGUCGUGUUGAUGGCCGAGGCUAGCGCGCAGAAGAUCGAGCUGGAGUAUAGCAUCCAGGAAGAGGUCCCCAUCAACCAACCCAUCGGCAACAUAGUCCAGCACCCGGUUCUGUUCAACUACGUUCAAGGUCUGGCCACCAGGGAUCUUCGCUUCAGCUUUCUGGCGGAGGGGAAUCCCCAGGCAUCCUACAUAUCAAUCAACGAGACGUCAGGAGACCUGAAGACCGCCUCCAGGAUUGACCGUGAGACACUGUGUCGGCGCCAAGUUACGUGUGAGCUACGUGUCCAGACAGCAGUUCAGGCAGACCUCAGCUCCUUCUUCAUGUUAGUCCUGGUCAAGAUUGUCAUCCUGGAUAUUAAUGACAACGCUCCUGCCUUUGCGUCCAACGUUUUUUCAUUGAGAAUACCAGAGAGCGAAGGGGCGGGAGCGACUUACCUUCUUCCGACGGCGACGGACCCGGACACUGGGGUCGGGAACUCGAUCAUCGCCUACAACACGGUGGAAACGGGGGCCCCAUUCACGCUCCUGGUUAGCGGCAGCUUGGCCGCUUCCUUCGAGAUACGGCUACGCCUGGACGACAGCCUGGACAGGGAGGUCACCCCUUCCUACCAGGUGCUGGUCAGGGCGCUGGACGGUGGUGAGCCCAGGCUGACUGGCACCCUGACUGUUAACGUGGAGAUCGCUGACGUCAACGACAACGCCCCAGUGUUUGAACGCCGCCGCUACUCGGCCAACGUCUCCGAGGGAAACCCCGUGGAUACGGUGGUCGUGACAGUGAGGGCCGCAGACCAGGACGUAGGGCCCAAUGGCACGGUGACCUACGUGAUGCUGCCCACACAGGACGACCUUGACGUAUUCUCCAUGUUCGCCAUCAAUAAUGUCACCGGGGAGAUUCGAACCCUGGCUCCGUUGGACAAAUACGCAGGUAGAACCUACAGUUUGAGCAUCCAAGCCCAGGAUUCAGGUCCGACACCCAAAGCUGACCAGACAUAUGUAGACAUCUCAGUGCUGGACACUCGGAACAGUCCACCUAACAUUUUGCUUCAUGUGCUUCGAACAGCAGGCAAAACAUCUCAGGUCUCAGAACUGGCCGAGUUAGGACGUGUGGUGGCCUAUUUCUCAGUAUCAGAUCCCGACCCCAAGACCAGCCCAAACAGUGUGGUCACUUGCUCUACGGACAGUGACCAGUUUGAACUUCAGGCCAUGGAUCAGAAUCAGUACAAGGUCAUUUUGUCGAAACGUCUGGACAGGGAGCAGGCAGCUUAUCACAGUGUCAGUGUCACGUGUUUUGACGCUGGGAGUCCGCCCCUAAACGCCACCGCCAACUUCUUGGUAGAGGUGCAGGACGAGAACGACAACGCCCCUGUAUUCGACUCCCUGUUCUACACCGCUGACGUCAGCGAGGGGCCAGUCAUCGCGGACAACAGCAUUAUUCUGCGUGUCCACGCCUCGGACAACGAUGUGGGAAUCAACUCGCAGAUCACCUACAAGCUGGCAGACAGGUCCGACAACGAUUUUGGGAUAAACGGAGAAGGAGAUCUCUAUGUGUCCAGGGCCAGGGGACUGGACAGAGAAGACAAGGUCAAGGGACCCAGGCGAGAGCUGACAGUUAUGGCGAUCGAUGGGGGAAAUCCGGCGCUGACCGGAAUCGCCACGGUGGUUGUGACUGUGCGUGACGUCAAUGACAACCCGCCUAAAUUCUCGGAGCCGGUCUAUUAUUUUAACGUCCCAGAGAACUCUCAGAGCGGGCGCAUCGUGAACAACCUGUCCGCCACGGACGACGACGCGGACAUGAACGCCAUUUUUUACUUCAAGAUGUUACCGUUGUACAAGCAUAAGAUGCCCUUCGAGGUGGGCCUUGACGGAAACAUCCGGGUAUCCGGAGAUCUUGACAGAGAGAGGCAAGCCAACUACGACUUCCAGGUUAUUGUUUACGACCUGGGAGAGCCGCCUCUGACCUCCACUGUGACGGUGCACGUGAAGGUCACAGACGUGAAUGACAACGCCCCUGUCUUCAUGUUCCCCAAUGACGACAACUACACUCUGCACAUCCCACACACCCUGGGCGCCAACACUGUAUUCGCAAAUAUAAUAGCCAAGGACAAGGACGAAGGCAGGAACGGCGCCCUUGUGUACAGCUUAGAGGGGGGAAACGGCUCCAGGUUCUUUGACAUAGUCUCCGAUUCCGGAAAAGUUCUGCUCACUCGGCCUCUGUCCGUCAGCGAUGUUGGUGUCCACGUUCUUAAUGUCAUGGCCCAUGACCUAGGCUACCACAACCAAGAAUCCACGCAAGCAGUCCUGCAUAUCCACGUCUUUGAAGGCAACGCCACCUUGGCGCAUCUAGAGGGCGGGAUCGGCUUCAGGAACAUCCUGGUGGUCAUCAUUCUCAUCGUGGUCACCCUGGUCCUCGCGCUGAUCAUCCUCAUGACCAUCAUCCUCAUCCGCCGAGUGGACAGGCAGCGCAGGCUGUACCACGCCAAGCAGGAGGAGACCAAGGCUGACACCAGCGUGCGGCACUUCUACCCAUGCCAGGUUCAGGAUGUGGAGUCUCCAAGCGGCGUCUCAGACGACAACGAUGACUUCAAAGAGUGCAGCAAGAAAAAGAAGGAAGUUAGUUUCUCCUUGGAUGAGGACAACAACAUCAAUCAGACGCCAACCAUGACAACCUUCAACCCUGUUGUAUCUGAAAAGUAUGAUCCACUGGUAGAGGCAGACAGAGAUAAGCUAAAGAACGACGUACUGACCAGCAACCACUACCAGGCCGAGAGUCUUCACAAAAGUUCCAGCUCUAAGAAGGACAUUAAUUCUUUCAACUUUCACCAGGUCCACCCUACGGGCAGCAACGUCCUAACCAAUAGACAGGCUGCUCACCCGCACCGUCACCAUGACGACAACCUCAGCGACGCCAGCGGUGACCUCAGCACCAGCGACAGCGGCAGGGGCGGCAGUGAUGUGGAGCUCCAAAGCCACGGCGGGGUGUCUAAGGACUCAGGUGAUUCAUCCUUUACUUCGCAGCGAGUUUUCAAUUCACACAACAACCUCAGCAGCAUCAGCAGCACCAGCAGCAACGUAUUCAACAACAGCAGCGCUGGCGUCAGGGGCGCUGCCAGCAACAAGUCUGUUCAUUUCCAGAACAUCCACCCUGACCCUGUGAAUGUCGGCUCUUUUCUGUCGCCCAUGGCGUCAGCGUCUUUCAUGGGCCGCCAGCCCCGUGUGGCGAACUACGCCAUUGGAGGAGCCCCCACCACCAUGGCUGGUGCUUCGGGUUCGCCGCUCUUCGCCCCGAACUUAAGCCCGAACGAGGUGAUAAGUAAUCGCCAUGCCACUUUUAACAUGAACGGGCGCCGGCCGAGUCCGUCCAGCCUAGCAACGGAUGGACACCGAAAUCAGUCCUUAAUCAACUUUUCAGCCCACCCAAACACGAGGCACCCGAUCCCAUUCAACCCCACCGGCGGGGAGAGCACAGACCUGACUUCUGGGCGAAGAUCCAACAUGUCCCAGAGGUCGAAUUCCGGGAUGGACGUCACAUGGGAUGCUGACACCACAACCUCUGGCAGCUAUACAGUGGAUCCUCAGGAGCUGUGUGAUGAGAUUGACAAGCUCUUCUUCGAUGAAGUUAAGGAUGUGAUUGUGUAGGUGCUGAAAUCACUUCCACACAAACACACUCAUACAGACUUUAGUGACUAAAGCACAUCAUUUUGGAAACUAUUGACCACACGUAAUAGGCGAGCAAAAUAUUUACACGGACCAAAUGUUUAAAAAAAAAAAACAGCAAACAAUAAAUGAUUCAACACACAAAUAGAUGUAGAUUGUAUUUUAAAAAAAACAAAA